AGUACUUCCGAGUGAAACAGAAAGCAAAAAGAAAUCCUGCUGCUAGUCCAGCCCACUCCGUCUGGUGGGCAUUUUCUUGGUUUGGAAUCUUUUUGUAUUUCAAGAAAACUCUUUUGCUGCUUUUUAAGAGUGGGAGUGGUCUUUUUCAUGAACAAAUUCUGAUUCUAAAAUUGUAGUGGAAAGGAAUGGAAUCAAAACUAAUUGGUGUUUAAAGAAUGAGAGGUAUGUUUUUUUCAUUUAUAAUAUGGGGGGUUCAACUUCAACAGCAAGUGACUGACCAACCUUAGUUGUAGACAAUAUAUAAUUAGUAUUAGUAUUAUAUGAUAUGUGGGUGAGGGGUUAUUUCAAGUGUGUUGUGUGGUGGUGGUGGUUGUGUUGUAUGGAAUGCCAAGCAGCAGCAGGAGUGAAUAGUACAAGUAGAGAAAAAAGAGGAGUGUUGUUGAAAAGCAUAUUGUUGGGAAGUACAAGUGGAUUAGGUUGUGCUCUUGUUUGUGCUUUGCUUAUAAGAUGCAUCUUUAUAUAUAUCAUCAACAGAGUUCCUAUCCUAAGAGGCCCUGUUGUGUUUUCACCAUCCAUCUCACCCAAAUCUUUACAAGCUGCUCUUGUUUCUAAUCAAUUGGUGCAUCUUGGUGGUGGCCCUUCUUCUUUAAAUAAUAACAAUGCACAAGAAGGCGGCGGCGGCAAGUAUUACAAGGCCACUCUACUUGACAAUGGUUUCACGGUGGCAGUAAAAAAGCUUCCCCCCUUUGAUGUAAACCACAACAAGACAAGGAGGAGAAUGCAAAGGGAUCUUGAAAUACUUGCUGGCUUGAGGCACAGGCACUUGUUAACCUUAAGGGCUUAUUUGUAUGAUGAGGAUACUGGUAGUGGUAGUGGUAGUGGUAGGUUUUGUUUGGUUUAUGACUAUGUUCCAAGUGGUAGUCUGGAAGACGCCAUGAAGCCGAGGACGGACAACGGAUUAUUGAUGCUGCAAAUGGGUUGGGAUGCGAGGCUACGAAUCGCGGUUGGGAUUAUCAAAGCCCUUCACUUUCUUCACUUCACGCAUUCCCUCUGCCACUUUAAUUUGAAACCUUCAAAUGUAUUGUUAGAUCCAGACUUUGAACCCCGCCUUACCGAUUCUGGCUUCCCCCCUUGUGCUUCUCAUCAUUACUACUACUACUAUGCCCCUGAAUGUUUCCCCAAUUUCAGUAUGUAUACGGAAAAGAGUGACAUCUUCAGCUUUGGGGUUAUAUUGGGAAUACUGUUAACGGGUAGAGAUCCGAGCGACCCAUUAUUCGGUCAGGCCACAAGCGGGAGCAGAGGUGAUAUGGGGAUGUGGUUUAGACAGCUUGUAGAAACAGGGGACGCUCGUGAGGCUCUUGAUAAGAGUCUUUUGGGACAAGAAAUGGAGGAAGAUGAGAUGUUGAUGGCUGUAAGAAUUGCGGCAGUUUGUCUCUCUGAUAUGCCUGCUGAUCGCCCUUCCAGCGAUGAACUUGUUCCGAUGCUCACCCAGCUCCAUAGUUUUUGAUACACAGCUUCCUACCAUAACUCAUGUUGUGGUCGCAUACUACCUGGCCAGGAUGUAUCCACUCUAACUUGGGAAUCUGUCAUGAUGCCUUUGUUUUUAAGAUACUAGAGUAAUCUUUAUAUAGAGCUCUAAGAAGUGUUGUGGCUCAUUUUGAAGCUAAAUAGAACUAAGCUUUAUUUAUAUAAUUAUUAUAUGUUAAAUGUCUUGUUACUUAUGGUACUUUUAUUUCGAUCGCUAUCCAAACAUCUUGGUUUAAGUAUGGCUGUGUUUCUGUAGAGCUCCACAUCUCUUUACUUCAUAUCAUCAUUUUAUUUUGUAUUUAUGGAUGAUAUCAAGAUGAUAGCUGUUCCAAAUGUUGAAUAUAAUAAGAGAGACCAGGCAGUCAGGCACUGUUUUGAAAGUU